AUGAGCGUGGGAAAGGGCCAGCCACAUGGCAAGCUGGUCUCUGGCGGCAGGACUAAACAUCGUGCAUUGUGCGCGGCGCGGGCGCGGCAACAAGGCGCACUGCCUCCUCUGGCAAGAGAGCCAUGCAUGGUGCAUGGCUCGCACCGCUCCGGUACCACUGAAAACCCUCGGCCGCCGAGAAAGGCGCUCGUAUCCCCCAAAUUCCGUGUGCGGGCUAUACCAAUAGGCAGUGAUAUAUGGGUGGAGUUUUACGUCGGCCUCGGUCUCCGCUGGGACGGGCCCCGCCAUAGUGUCCACUCUCUAUAG